AUGUCUGACGCUGAUUGGUCGAUCUCAGUGGAGGGCGUGGCGCCGUUCGCAGCUUCCAAUGGUACAGCGAGAUCUCAUAACGAAGGGGCCAGAUUUACUUAUCGUUAUUUGAGUAGCACUAAAGAAGGAGAGAAUCUAGAUUUUGAUGAAAAAAAUACGUUUCUAUUAGCUAGGAUUCAACUGGCUUGCCUACUUGCGUGUAAAGGUCAAGAGUCAGCGUAA